AUACUCGGCUGGGAAGUGCAGAGAGAAGCUUGAAGUUGUGUCAGGGCGGCGUUUGUGGUUCUCCUUUUCUUUCUCGUCCCUCGGCGUUUUCCCGGAAGAUCUUUUAACUGCUUGCAAGCCUUGUGUGGAUAUUUCUCGCGUUUGGUUUUCUUCGCCCGAUUGUCUGUUUGGACCAUUAUGACUCUGGAGGAAAUUCACGGCCAGGAACCGAUGCCUGAAACGAGCGACAGCGCCACGAGCAGUUCCGCAAGCGGCGGCGGCAGCAGGCUGCAGAGCGCCGGCAAAGCCCUCAAGGAGUUGCUCGCCUCCUCCCAGCGCCGCGGCUGCCUCACCGCGGGCGUCUACGAAUCGGCUAAGCUGAUGAAUGUUGAUCCGGAUACCGUGGCUUUUUGUGUGCUGGCUGCAGAUGAGGAGGAUGAGGGGGACAUUGCCCUGCAAAUUCACUUCACGCUCAUCCAGGCUUUCUGCUGUGAAAACGACAUCGAUAUUGUCCGAAUAAAUGAUAUCCAGAAACUCGCUGCAAUUGUGGGUGCUGGCGAGGAAGCUGGGGAGCCAAGAGACCUGCAUUGCAUCCUCAUAACGAAUCCCAGUGAGGAUGCCUGGAAAGAUCCAGCCUUGGACAAGCUGAACCUGUUUUGCGAGGAGAGUCGAAACAUCAACGAGUGGGUGCCCAAUAUCACCCUUCCUGAGUGAUGAAGGAAAGCCGCCCCACGCAUAGGAGAGGUUGAAACCUUUUGUUGCAUUCUCAUUCUGGAGCUGCGCAUCUGGGCAACCCAGCAAGUGGCUGGUUCUGGGGGUUAGCCUGGUCAGCAGCUUGGAUUAAGUCGCUCAGACAGCACGUGGUGGGCUCUUGCAAAGAAAAAGAAGAAAGGAGGAAGGGGACUGCCCUGUGCCAAGAGUGAGUCCCCACUAUGCUGCAGCGCUGGAGAAGCUGGCAUAUCUGUGGAGCUGAAGAAGUUACUGCAAGUCUUUUUGUAGGAGCAGAAGGGAGAAAACUGUUGCAGAUUUUCAGGUCAGGUGGAAUGUUGUUUGCGUUAGGGAAGAUGGAGAGGAAGUUGGAAAACCAGACACAGAAGGCAAAGGGAAGCAUGGACACAGUGCCAGGAAUGGUUGAUGGGGGUAGCCAGAGCCCCCAAGAGACUGGAAGCUUGAUAGACUUUGGUACCAUUGCAUUUCUGCAAAGACUUUGAUGCAGACUGAUCUGUUGGAGGCCUUUGGACUAUGUUCUGCAUUAACAACUGAUUUUGCAAUAAUUCUUUAUAAUUGAAAUUCAUGCUGCUAUUGAAGAUCUUAUACAUUUUUUUAUAAUAAAUGUUGAGAACUGA